AGGACCUUUUGAUAUUUUGGUGGUGGCCUUUGCCCUCGAAUCGGCCAUUUCCCGCGGGGCCCGACAGUCUCCUCAUCUCCCUGGCAUUCCUUCCCUGCCCAUGUCUCAUCCACAUCCACAUCCACAUCCACAUCCACAUCCAUCUGCAUCAACAAGGAUCCGGCUGACUCGUUAAUCGUCUGCUACAGUAUCCAGGCCAUGUCUGCUCACUUGUGGCGUUCUUCCCGUCCCUCGACAGGCUGGUACAGUAAGGUUACUGUAGUGGAGGGCAGAAGCGCCUAGACGCCUUGCCCUUGUCCUUGUCCUUGCAGAAAAAGCCACGCCGCACCGAAGGCAAACCCUUACCUAUCCUUUCAACCUCACUUGUCAAAUGGAAUUCCUACUUCUGCAUGUUUAUGCUAGCUGGCGGCGCAGGCUGAGCCAGACAUCAUGAAUUCUGCACGAGCUAGACUAUCGAUAAGUGUAUUGUAUCUAUCUUUGUCUUCUUUUUUGACUUUGUGGUUCCUCGGUCUGGCCCUCGCAGCAGCAGUCCACGUAAACAUCAUGCCUGUUGCACCGCCGCGGGGACUGAGGUACAAUGAUGAGACGAAUGCCAUCACGCGAUGCAGCGCCCGCUUCUUAGUCAUGCCUACAAUGAUGCCUCGCGGCGGAUUGGAACAGGAUAUGGACGGCACAGCAUCUUGGUCCUACAAACGGAUCGAGAUGAAGCAACGGGAUGGUACAACAUCGUUACCAGAUCCAGGGUAGACAUUGGCUGUGUCUUACAAACGGGUCUAUCCCAAACAUUCGAGGCUCAAGCCCCUGUGCUGCUCGUCUCUGGGUCUGAUCAUGUCAAGGGCAAAGCACUUCCAACUGUCCAACUGUCCGGCUACGUGCUUACUUGUCGGAUUCUGACAUCCAGCCCAGCUGCUGCAACUAGAACCGUCCGCCCCAUGUCCACUUCCUUUGUCCGCACAAUGCCUUCUUUUGCCUCCUCCGAUUGUUGUCCGUAGUGCUGAUGACUUUCUCUCCUAGGAGUUCUGCUCUGCUCUGCCUCCUUUGAUACCUUGCAAAUGUGAUGCCCCUCUGGUCUCUCGCCCACCCUCCUAGUCUUGACUACUCACCUCAAUGGUCUCCAGUAUCUUGGCUGACUUGAAGAAACUGCCUUUAAUCGUUUAAAAGGUGAAAAGAAGUGAAUCGAGUAGGAAAACACGUGGUGGCCUCACUUGGUCUCUUCAGGUUUCCACCUCCCGCUUCGGCUGUUUGCCCUCAUCUCCCACUAGCUCGGAUGUGGCCAUCUCGACUCACCCAACCUGAGCCUCACCAUCCUCGUCUUCAACUUCGAAGUGUCAGACGCGUCGUUAUUCUCUCAUCAACCACAAACAACCUUUCACUCAUCUCUCAUGAAGCAGCACUCGUAGACAUCUUUCACAAUGAGAGUGUAUACAUUGGACCCCUUUGAGACUGAGUACAACGGUUUCCGCCAUCCAUUCAUUGGUCAUCCCCCAGACUCACCUUUGGACCCUCUUAGUCCGAACUUCAGCGCUCAUGCUUUCUUUUCGAAUUUGGCAGGCUAUACCGUCCAUGCCCCUGGAAACUUGUUACGCAGAAGCGCUGGUGUCUCUUUCACUGACCUCAAUGUCUCUGGUUUUGGCAGCCCAACUGACUAUCAAAAAAGCGUUGGUAAUGUUUUGCUUGGAGUAGCCAGCUUGUUUCGUCGCAUGGCAGGAGAGAAGAAGCAGGAGAUCAAUAUUCUGCGAGACUUCGACGGUCUCGUUGAAGCUGGAGAGAUGUUACUUGUCCUAGGUCGUCCCGGAAGUGGUUGUUCCACCCUGCUAAAGACGAUCUCUGGUGACACCCAUGGCUUGCUUGUCAGUCCAACUUCGAAGGUCAACUACCAGGGUAUUCCACCACACCAGAUGCACACACAAUUUCGAGGAGAGGCUAUCUACAUGGCUGAGAAUGACGUCCACUUCCCUCAGCUCACCGUUGGACAGACCUUGUUGUUCGCUGCAAAGGCGCGUGCUCCACCUACUGGUACCUUCCCUGGUAUCUCUCGAGAAUUCUACGCGGAGUAUAUGCGAGAUGUUUACAUGGCAACUUAUGGUAUCUUGCAUACGAUGAACACAAAUGUCGGUGGUGUCAUCAUUCCUGGAGUCAGUGGAGGAGAGAGAAAGAGAGUCAGCAUUGCAGAGGCAGGUCUAAGUGGCAGUCCUUUGCAGUGCUGGGACAACAGUACUCGGGGCCUAGAUAGUGCGAAUGCUCUCGAAUUCUGCCGCACCAUCAAGCUGUCAACUCAGCUGGCUGGUGCUACCGCGCUUAUCUCCUUAUACCAAGGUUCUCAGGAUGCAUAUGAGGUCUUCGACAAGGUCACAGUUCUUUAUGAGGGGCGUCAAAUAUACUUUGGCCCUUGCAGCGACGCUAAAGCUUUCUUCACAAACAUGGGCUUUGACUGUGCUCCUCGCCAAACCACCGCAGAUUUCCUCACAUCCUUGACAAGUCCUGCCGAACGUUUGAUCCGUCCUGGGUAUGAGAAUCGUGUCCCCCGGACCUCUGGGGAGUUCGCUUUGGCUUGGAAGAGCAGUGAGGAGUAUGCAAAGCUGAUUCAAAACAUCGAAUUGUACGACAAGAAAUUUCCCAUUGGUGGUCCUUCGGUUGCAAUGUUCACUGCCUCGCGUAGAGCUCAGCAAGCAAGAAAGCAACGCGUUGAGUCACCAUACACACUCUCUCUGUACCAGCAAGUUGAGCUAUGUGUCGAGCGUGGAUUCCAACGUUUACGUGGAGAUGCCAAAAUCACAGUAAGCCGUGUUGUUGCAAACAGCGUUUUGGCUUUAGUAGUUGGGAGUAUGUUUUACAACCUCGACCAAACUACAUCAAGUUUCUAUGGCAGAUCUGUUUUGAUCUUCCUUGCAAUCUUGCUCAAUGCAUUUGCUAGUGCGUUGGAGAUUCUCAUCCUGUAUGAUCAACGUCCCAUGGUUGAGAAACACGAUAGAUAUGGUCUAUACCACCCAUUUGCGGAAGCCAUUGCCUCCUCGAUCUGCGACUUACCCUUCAAGGUUGGAAACUCCAUCGCGUUCAACUUGGUCCUCUACUUUAUGUCCAACCUGCGACGAGAACCACCAGCAUUCUUUACAUUCUUGCUGUUCUCUUUCUCAAUCACUGUAUCGCUCUCGAUGGUGUUCAGAUCGAUUGGAGCAAGCUCUCGUAGUCUUGUGCAAUCUCUGUUCCCAUCUUCGAUUCUGAUCCUUGCUCUCAUGACAUACACCGGCUUCGUUGUUCCCAUUAAGAGCAUGCACCCUUGGUUCCGCUGGAUCAACUACAUCGACCCAAUAUCUUACGCUUUCGAGAGUCUGAUGAUCAAUGAAUUCCAUGGUCGUGAAUUCGAGUGCGGCGCCUUCGUUCCUGCUGGACCUCAAUAUGACGCAGUUGGGUCUCUCAACCAUGUGUGUGGGGUUGUUGGUGCUGUUCCUGGAUCGACUUUGGUUUCUGGCACCGAGUAUAUCAGACUGACCUUCAACUAUGAGCCCAGCCACCUUUGGAGAAACUUUGGGGUUAUCAUUGCGCUCACAGUCAUCUUCACUUUCACCUAUUUGGCAGCCUCGGAAAUUGUUACCGCCAAGAAAUCGAAGGGAGAGAUUCUUCUGUUCCAGCGUGGUCGUCAAAACCGACGAGACCUUCAUAGUGAUGUUGAGAAGCCAGCUCAAGAGGUCGCUUCGGUUUCAGGUCCAUCUCGACCAGUUUCUGGUACGAUCCAGAAGCAAACCUCAAUCUUCCAGUGGAAGGAUAUCUGCUUUGAUAUCAAGAUCAAGAAGGAAGAUCGUCGUAUAUUGGAUCAUGUUGACGGUUGGGUCAAGCCAGGGACAUUGACAGCUCUGAUGGGCCCUUCAGGUGCAGGAAAGACUUCUCUUCUGGAUGUACUUGCUACUCGGGAUACCUUUGGCGUUGUCUCUGGCGAAGCCCUUGUCGAUGGUCACCCUCGAGACAUCUCGUUCCAACGUAAGACAGGUUAUGCUCAGCAAUCCGAUAUCCACUUGGAGACCAUGAGUGUUCGAGAGGCUCUUCAAUUCAAUGCUGUUUUAUGCCAGCCAGCAGGUUUGGAUAAAAGUGAGAAGCUUGCUUAUGUUGAGGAAGUCAUUCAUUUGUUGGAUAUGGAGAGUUACGCUGAUGCAAUCAUUGGAGUUCCUGGUGAAGGUCUGAAUGUCGAACAACGUAAGAAGCUGACAAUUGCUGUCAAACUUGCAGCUAGACCUCAACUCUUGCUCUUCUUGGACGAACCAAGCUCUGGUUUGGACAGUCAAACGUCUUGGGCUAUCCUAGAUUUGCUACAGAAGCUUACUGCUCAUGGUCAAGCUAUCCUCUGCACCAUCCAUCAGCCAUCAGCUAUGCUCUUCCAGAGAUUUGAUCGAUUGCUGUUCCUUGCGCCUGAAGGCAAGCCCGUCUACUUUGGUGAGAUUGGUCCGGAUUCGUCGACUGUAGUCAGCUACUUCGAACGCAAUGGUGCUCCCCCAUGCCCUAACGAUGCUAACCCUGCCGAGUGGAUUAUGGAGAUCAUCGGGUGCACUCCUGGCUCACACAGUGAUAUCGACUGGCCUGCAGUUUGGCGUUCAAGCCCUGAGUAUGUUCAAGUUCACCAAGAGCUCGAUGAUAUGGAGAAGGGAUUGAGCCAAGGUGCAGCUGUUCCGAAGGCCACACUUGAGGAUAAUUACAAGGAGUUUGCGGCACCAUUCUCAGUUCAGCUCUGGGAGUGUGUGAAGCGAGUCAAUCAACAAUACUGGAGAACUCCAUCCUAUAUCUAUUCAAAGGCUGCUAUGUGUCUAGGCACUGCACUCUUCCUUGGCUUCACUUUCUUCAAGGCCGACAAGAGUCUCCAAGGACUUCAAAACCAGGUUUUCAGUAUCUUCAUGCUGCUCACUCAAUCCUCCAACCUUGUCCCUCAGAUGCUUCCAAACUUCGUCACUCAACGUGAUCUCUACGAGGCUCGUGAGCGUCCCGCCAAGACAUACUCCUGGAAGGUCUUCAUGCUUGCAAACAUCUUUGUUGAGCUUCCAUGGAACAUCUUGAUGGCAGUCUUGAUCUUCGUUGGUUGGUACUACCCUAUCGGUUUGUAUCGAAAUGCAGAAUAUAGUGGUACCGGCUCCCAGAGCGCUGUCACCGUUCUUGUCUUCAUGGUGGUCUACAUGGUCUUCACUAGCACAUUUGGCCACAUGGUUCAAGCUGGUGUCGAUCUCGCCGAGAUGGGCGGUAAUUACGCCAACCUACUCUUCAUGCUGUCCCUGAUCUUCUGCGGAGUCAUCGUCGGUCCCGACGCACUUCCCGGAUUCUGGAUCUUCAUGUACAGAGUCUCUCCCUUCACCUACCUCGUCAGCGGCAUCCUCUCAACCUCCCUCACCAACGUCCCCGUCGAAUGUUCCGAGAUCGAACUCCUCCGUUUCGACCCCCUUCCAGACCAAACAUGCGGCACUUACAUGAGCGAGUACAUCCAGACAGCUGGCGGCUACGUCACCAAUCCCGAGGCUACAUCCAGCUGCGCAUACUGCCCACUCAGCAACACCGAUGCGUUCCUCAAGCUGGUCCACAGCGAGUACGGCGAGCGAUGGCGCAACUUUGGUAUCCUCUGGGUUUAUGUCUUUGUCAAUAUCGUCGGUGCUUUGUUCUUCUACUGGCUCGUUCGCGUUCCGAAGAAGAGCAAGAAGACGCAGGUCAAGGCUGGUGAGGUUGUUGCUCCGGUUGAGGAACCAGUUAAGGACGAGGAUAAGGAAAAUGAUGUUACUGUUGAUGUUCGUGAGAAUAACGAGCCCGUGGGUGAGAAAUCUCAUGAGAGUCAUGGUAACAGUCAGGCCUGAAUUCUUUACUCGAGGGAAAUGUUGACAUUGACCUUGGCGUUUUGGUGGUGGGCAAUCAAUGGUCGCUGGCUUGUAUUGGAGCUCAUUUCAUUACAUUUGAAUUCCCAUUUGCUCACAAGAUUUGUUUUGACUUCGAAGUUGGAGCUGUUUCUGCAUGGCACGGUAGUCAAACUGUUGAUUUGUUUGGAGUACGGCUGGAUGGUUGAUUCUUCUUAUGGAUGGAUGGUUUCACAGCCUCUACCACAAUUUGUCUUUUCCUUUUCUUUUCUUCUUCUAAUCUCCUCUUCUCAUUACCUUCUUAAUAUUUCCUUUUCCCCAUCAAAUUCGCUGAUAGAUGCAAUUCUGGGAUCUGAAUCAUGGUGGUGGUGGUGGGCGUUUGGUCGUCGUGGCGGGAUGGUUGCAACUUGCUCGAUUAACUUAUGGAUGGAGAGGCGUCGUUGUGGACAGACACCAAGUAUCAAUCAAAUGGGCUUCAGUGCUGCUGCGAUCAAUGCUUGAUGAAUACUCUGUUCGAUCUGUGUGCUUUGCAUUUAGUUGCGAGCUCUAGAAUAGAACACGGAUAGCUAGCUUUGUUGUGCUGGGUUUUUGAAAUGGGGAUGCUGGGAUGCUGGGAUGGAGACGCUAGGUUGUGCGUGCGCGUAGCCUAGAUGGAAAUGAAUGAAUGAAUGAAUGAACUUCA